UGUCAGUCUGAGGAUGUCUGACAACGCAGAAUCUCCUACUGAAAACCAGAAAGAUGAACCUUCGAUACAGCACGCUGUCACAGAUCACUCUGAGUCAUCGGACGAGAAGAAAAAGAUUGAUGUGCUUUUGAAGGCGGUCGCUGAUACGCCUAUCAUGAAGACCAAAAAAUGGUCUGUGGAAAGGAGGAGGACGGUACAGUCACUCGCCCAGUUCAUCUCACGCUUCCUCAAGCUGGAGCCCAGUGAACAGUUGUUCAUUUAUGUUAAUCAGUCAUUUGCACCAUCACCGGACCAAGAAGUCGGUGUGCUUUUCGAGUGUUUCGGAAGUGACGGCAAACUAGUUCUCCAUUAUUGCAAGUCCCAGGCCUGGGGAUGAAUGUACCGCUCUGUUUUUUUUCUCUCCUAUUCUCUCUCCUUCAUUUAUACACAUCCAUCCUCAAUAACAUCACUUAUGCAUAAUUAUUAGUUUUUAUAACUUAUUGAUUUUGAUGUCUUAUAUUUUGUAAAUAAUAAAGUGUAAAUAAUAUUGUAAAACA